GUACGCAUUUGCACUUCGCAUCGCCGCUGCGCGUUUGCCGUAAUUGACAUGUAUAACAGCUAUACCGUGCACGUACCACCGCACCAGCUAGCCGACUCGACUCCACGCGACGACGUAGACCUCGCCUCGAGCCCGUCAGAGUGUCAGCAAUCGGAUCGGAUUAUUCAAAUUGAUGGUUUCAAGAAUUAGAACUGCAACCCAAUAAUUAGGCCUAGAUAUAUAACCUAAAACAAGGGGCAUGGGCGAGAUGGCUGCCGGAGUAGCAGCCCCAUUUGAAUUUCUUUUAUCGGGGUUCACGGAGCCGAGGAGCAAGAGGAAUAUUAUGACGAAGAUCCGAGCAUUGGGAGGGACAGCAAACAAUGCACCGACCUAUGAUGUUAGUAAGUGCACCCAUGUCAUCAGCUACAAACCAAUCAGCAGUGAGAAGUUUAUCUGCGGAGUUGCAUCAGGAAAGUGGAUCCUAAAGCCGGAAUUUAUCACAGACAGUUUCGACAAGGACAAAUGGCAGGCGGAGUCUACGUAUGAGUGGAGCGAGGCCGAUGCGUCAGAGAACGUCCUACCGGGUCUCCUGACGGCUCCAAGGCGAUGGAGGGAGAAGAUUGCUGCCAGCGGACAUGGAGCCUUCCACGAUUGGAAAGUAUUGCUCCAUGUCACUAACGAUGCGGUUCGGAGAAGAGUUCUUGAGGCGGGUGGAGGGCAGUGUGUCCCAGUGACUUUCCCCAUCAAGGAACCCGCAGCACUUGUUUCUUUGGUCACUCAUGUCAUCGUGGACAAGUGCCACGAGAAGGACGUCCAGUGUUUAAAAGAAAGAGGCAUCCAAUGUCUACCUCCAGAAUGCAUUAAGGAGCAUCUCUUUCAGGAGAAUCCAAAUAUGACCAAGUACCGUGUAUCCAGUGCGUUGAUGACUCCACCAGAAACCAUAAGACAGAGGAACAUACCUACAGUCAAAGCAAAGAAAGACCAUGACACAUUCCUAAACAGAAAACAGACCAACCCUUCAGGAAGAGAAAGCGAUACUCCUGUAUUAAUGGUGAGCCUCGCCGAGGAAGGUACCUCCAGCGAUCCAGGGAGCAGCGUGAAGAGAAAGCUGGAACUAGAAUCACCGAAGGAGCCUGAGCAACUGCAGAUACCGAAAAAGAGAAAGCCCAUGGAAUUAAACCUCAUCCCUCCUCCAAAGCCGCAGACUGAGACCUCCAUGGACUUAAUGCGGAAGUACGGUAUCGAGGAGUUUGAAAUGGAGUACACAGAAUCGGACUAUGAUGAGCUCAUCAACUACAAACUCUACACGGAUAACAUGCGUCCCCUGCUUUUGGAAUACGCCCCGAAACUUCAUUCACGGAAGCGGGUCAACCUCUUGGCGGCUCUGUGGAAAGAGUUUGCUGCCAGCAACCCCAAGAAGAAGAAGCCGUUGUCCACGUCUGUCCUGGACUUCAAACCCGCGGAUGAGGCCAAGGAAGCAGAGGUAGAGGAGGAGGAGGACGGCGGCGGCGGCGAUGACAACGAGGCUAAGAGGGAGAGCUUGGAAGUAAAUGUCAAAGUCCAGGAAGAGGAGAAGGAGGAGGAAGUGAAAGAAAAGAAGGGAGGAAAAGAUGCGAGCACUUCAAAAGCAGUAUAUGUCAGGAGGUCUGAAAGACAACAAAGCAACACCAAAAAAGAUGAAGUAUCUGGCGGUAUCAUCGCUGAUCAUUCACCAAAAUCCUUGCCCAGGAAGUUUAAUGUGAACCGCAAGAAUGGUAAAGGGGAAACACCGCUCCAAUUAGCAUGCUUCAAGAACGACAUUACUAAAGUAAGGGAGCUGCUGAAUAAACCUGACAUAGAUGUCAAUGCCCGGGACAAUGCAGGAUGGACACCUCUACACGAAGCCUGUAUCCGUGGACACACUGCCUCUGUCAAAGAGCUUCUGAAGUUCGCUUCUGGAAAGAGAAUGGUUACAAGUACAGAGAGUAGAGGCAUGCAAACCCUGGACUUUCUAGCAGCACCAUCUGAAUGUGGGAACACACCCCUCCAUGAUGCGGUCUUUAAUAAUCAUAUAGAAGUGGUCAAGCUUCUGGUAGAGGCCGGAGGGAGUAUUCUACUGACUGCUAAGAACAAGGCAGGGUUUACUCCAUUUGGCAUGGCUCUGACAGAGGUCAUGAAGGAAGCCAUGUUAGGUCAAAGGUCAGAGGUCAGCAGAUUGCCUGCCGUUGACGAAGAGAAUGAGAACAAUGCAAGCACUUCAAAAGCAGAAAAUGUCAGGAGGUCUGAAAGACUACAAAGCAACACCAGAAAAGAUGAAGUUUCUGGCGGUAUCAUCGCUGAUCAUUCACUAAAAACCUCGCCCAGGAAGACCAAUGAGAACCGCAAAGGGGAAACACUGCUCCAUGAAGCAUGCAUCAAGAACAACAUCACGAAAGUAAGGGAGCUGCUGAAUGAACCUGACAUCGAUGUCAACGCCCAGGACGGUGCAGGAUGGACACCUCUACACGAAGCCUGUAACCAUGGACACACGGUCUGUGUCAAAGAGCUUCUGAAGUUCGCUCCUGGAAAGAGAAUGGUUACAAGUACAGAGGGUAGAAGCAUGCAAACCCUGGACUUGCUAGCAGCUCCAUCCAAAUGUGGGACCACACCCCUCCAUGAUGCCGUCUAUAAUAAUCGGAUAGAAGUGGUCAAGCUUCUGGUAGAGGCUGGAGGGAGUAAUCUUCUGACUGUUAGGAACAAAAAAGGUUUUACUCCAGUUGACAUGGCUCAGACAGAGGUCAUGAAGGAAGCUAUUCUAGGUCAAAGGUCAGAGGUCAGCAGAUUGUCUGCCGUUGACGAAAAGAAUGAGAACGGGAGGAUUCCACUGACUUUUAAGAAAAAUACAGGGUCUACUCCAGUUGACAUGACUCAGACAGAGAUCAUGAAGGCACCCAUUCCAAGUCAAAGGUCGGGGGUAAUCAGAUUGCCUGCCAUUGAUGAAGAAAAUAAGAACAGGAGGAUUCUACUGGCUGGUGUUAGGAACAAGGCAGGGCUUACUCCAGUUGACAUUGCUCAGACAGAGGUCAUGAAGGAAGCCAAUUUAGGUCUAAGGCCAGCGGUCAGCACAUUGUCUGCCGUUUCUGAAGAGAAUGAGAACAAUGCGAGCACUUCAAAAGCAAUAUAUGUCAGGAGGUCUCCAAGGAGAGUAAAAGGAGGUUCCAAACUUGAUAGCAACACCACGGUUAAAGACAGAUCAAGAAAGACUCUUCUUUCUUCAAAACCGAAUUUAGGAAAAGAUGAAGGUAACUAUGUUACAAAGAUUCACAGUAGAGAUACUGUUUGAAUAUACUUGUCUUGUUCUGUUUUUAUCAGAGAUGGGCUUCGGAAGUCUGAUACAUU